AUGUGUGGCAUCUUUUGUCUGCUGAGUCUGUCACCUGCUCACUUUGAGUGGGACAAAACAGUUUAUGAACAUUUGAAGAGAAGAGGGCCCGACUGGAGCCAGGACCUCACAGUUACAGGCAGGGAUCCUUGUUACCAGUGUUUAUUCUCUGCCCACGUCCUUCACAUGAGAGGUGUCCUCACCCCUCAGCCACUGCAAGACAACAUUGGAAAUGUGCUGGUGUGGAAUGGGGAGAUUUUUGGUGGCCUGCCAGUGAAGCCAUCGGAGAAUGACACUGUUGUUGUGUCUCAGUCACUGUUGUCCUGCAGCAGCCCCUCAGAGAUCCUGUCAGUCCUGUCCAGUGUGAGGGGACCAUGGGGGUUUGUUUACUACCAAAAGGCUGGAGACUACCUGUGGUUUGGCAGAGACUUCUUUGGCAGGCGGAGUUUGCUGUGGAGAUUUGAUGCAGGGGUUCUGACCCUGACAUCUGUGGCGGCUCACGAUCCUGGGCUGGAUCAGGUUUCUUGGCAAGAGGUCCCAGCAGUUGGUGUUUACAGGAUUGACCUGAAGGCAGCUACAGAGGCCGGCACUGUGACGUUUGAGGUUUAUCCUUGGGCUACCUCUUGCAGUGACACUAUACUGGAGUCUGUUCCCAGUGGCUGCACUGCUGUGAUGAACCAAUCAGGACUGGUGCUCACCUCACCUGUGUGCCCUCUAAAUAUGUCCAUCCCAAAGUCAUUAAAUGAGGCAGAUGCUCAGUCAAACUCAGAUUCAUCUGUCAAAGAUCUGCAGCAGCUGCUUGCAAGCAAAGAGGGAAAUUAUGAGGUGAGUCGUCUUAUUGAUGUUCUGAGUGAGGCGUUGAGGCGACGUGUCCAGAGUCUGCCGAUUGAGGACGAGGCAGCUAAUAGUGACCAGGCCAGCAUCGCUCUACUUUUCUCUGGAGGUAUCGAUUCUAUGAUUCUGGCUGUAUUGGCCGACCGUCACAUACCUGCCCAUCAGCCAAUAGAUCUUCUCAAUGUAGCAUUCAAACUACAGGAGCCAAAGAAGCAGAAGGACUCAGCAAAGAAUGUCAAGAAGCACAAAAAUAAGCCAAACGACAAUAAGACUGACGGAGCUGGUUCCCGAACAUUCAGCCCCUUUGACGUUCCAGACCGAAUCACUGGGAAAGCAGGUCUCAAGGAAUUACAAGACCUGAAUCCUGAGAGAAGAUGGAAUUUUGUUGAAAUCAAUAUUACGCAAGAGGAGCUGCAGAAAAUGCGCCAGGAACGCAUCGGUCAUUUGGUGCAUCCGCUGGAUACGGUCCUUGAUGACAGCAUUGGAUGUGCUGUGUGGUUUGCAGCAAGAGGGACAGGGUUCAUCACGGAGGACAAAGACCAGAGACCUUUCUCCUCAUCAUCUAAGGUCAUUUUAACAGGAAUCGGCGCAGAUGAGCAGUUGGCCGGUUACUCCAGACACAGAGUCCGCUUUAAGACAUCUGGACAUGAGGGACUGAUCCAGGAGUUAGCCAUGGAGCUGGGCAGGAUCCCCUCCAGGAAUUUGGGCAGAGAUGACAGAGUUAUAGGGGACCAUGGGAAGGAGGCGAGAUUUCCGUUCUUGGACGAGGACGUGGUGAGCCACCUGAAUUCUCUGCCUGUGUGGGAGAAGGCAGAUCUGUCACUUCCUCGAGGUGUCGGGGAGAAACUCCUCUUGAGACUGACGGCGAGACAGCUCGGCCUCCGUCAGUCGGCAGUCCUGCCGAAAAGAGCCAUGCAAUUCGGCUCCCGCAUCGCAAAGAUGGAGAACAGUCGUGAAAAGGCCUCUGACAAGUGCAGCAGACUCCUCACUGGUUAGAGAAAUCACGGGUUGUGAGGAAUGAUUUUAAUUAAAUUCACAGUUCUUGUUUUCCUGUUACAGAUUCUUGACCAUAAUUUCACCAGCAGGGAAUAAUAAACGUGAUGGUUUUUACACCAUGUAAGACUUUG